UGAUUAGACAUCAAGUAUGUCAGCAGUUGAUAAUCAUGAUCCUGGUGAGCGUGUGAGGGCGCUGUUUAAUGCUGGCUCCAAAGUGGAAGUUGACAGCAAUAUUCCUGUUAAGAGGUAUUUCAGAUCUGGUAUAGAAAUUAUCAGAAUGGCUAAUGUUUACUAUGAAGAAGGGGAACUAGAAAGUGCCUUCAUAUUGUACUCAAAAUUUAUUACAUUGUUUGUUGAAAAAUUACCUAAGCACCCGGGGUAUAAAGAAGCAACCCAUCAAGACAAAUCAGUUAACAAAACUAAACUCAAAUUAGUAUUUCCCAAAGCAGAAGAUGUUAAAACAAGACUCAAGAAAAGAUACGAGAAUGAACUUGCAAUUAUACAAGAACAGGAGAAAAAGAAACAGGCUGAGCUUGCUAAGCAACAAGAAGCAGAGAGACUCAGAAAAGAGGAAGAAGCGAGAAAGAGAGAGGAAAUACGAAAACAGUUAGAAGAGGAAGAGAAAAAACAAUUUGAAAAACAAAAAGCUCAAAUUCUACAUGAAGAUGAGUCGUUUAUUGAAAAAGAAAAAGAGCGACAAAGACAGAUUGAAAUUGACAGGCGAUUAGCGAUAGAACUUGACAAGGAAAAUAAAAUCGCGAAAAAACCUGAAAAACAAGUCACUCCUGCUAUUGUUGGUGGAACUGCAGCUGUAGGUGGUGGAAUUAAUGCAGCUGUACCAAGUGCUCCGCCAGAAUCUGUCGUCCAUCUUCCAGCUACACGGCCGGCAACAGCGCCACCACAGGGUGGUUCUUCAACUGCGUGGAGCCCCUAUGGUGCAGUAUCACCCAGUGUUCUUAAUGCAUACAAUUCAAACUUUUCACCUCCGCCACCACCCGCUUAUGCGAGUGUAGUUUCACCUAAAGGAAUUUUAAAAGAAGAGGAACCUUCAACAAUAGUCAGUGUUCCACCAUCAGUUGACAGAUCAACAAAACCAUCCACUGAGGUUGAGAAUUAUAAUAAUGCCUAUGGACUCAGACAGGUUGUUGUACCACAGGAGGUCAUGGUAAAGUUCCUAAACUUGGCAUUACCUAAUACUAAUAGAAACGUGGAAACAUGUGGAAUUCUUGCUGGCAAGUUAUGUCAAAAUGCUUUCCUGAUAACCCAUGUGAUAGUGCCAAAACAGAGUGGUACCUCGGAUUCUUGUACAACAGUCAAUGAAGAAGAUAUCUUUGAUUACCAGGACACUCAUGAUUUGAUUACUUUGGGGUGGAUACAUACUCAUCCAUCACAGACAGCAUUUUUAUCCAGUAUUGACUUACACACCCAUUGUGGUUACCAGCUGAUGAUGCCAGAAGCUAUUGCAAUAGUGUGUGCUCCAAAACACCAAGAAACUGGUAUAUUUAUGUUGACACCUAGCCAUGGUUUAGAUUACAUUGCAAACUGUAGAACAUCUGGAUUUCAUCCACAUCCAAAAGAACCACCUUUGUUUGAGAAUAGUCAGCAUGUCACGAUUACUGCUGACAAAGGUGUGACUUUAGUAGACCUUAGAAAAUGAGUAUAAACCGAGAAAAUUAUAAUCAUGCAUUUUGCGAAUUUUUAUAAAUCAUUAAUAUUGAUCAUAAUUCAUAUUUUAUACUGAAAUGAUGACUGUUACCUUGACAGCUUUUAUCAUGAGGUCAACAGACUUUGUAAAUACAAUAUUGUUUAAAUUAUGCUAUGUAUUCUAGUGACAAAACUGAGAUGACCAGUAACA